CCGCCAGAAUGGUUGAAUGACACAGAGUACGACGCUGACGUCGGAGUCAAGGACGCAGGUGGAGAAAAAAAAGGAAGGACCUAUAUCGCAACACGAACACUUCCGAAAGGACAGGGAGCAUUUGCCUAUAUCGGAGUAUCCCUGACAGAUAAGGAGCCAAUGUGGCUAGGAGCUGGGGAAAGUUCCUUCGACGAAAAAUUGGGAGAAAAGUUUGUAGAAAUGGUUCCUCCUCAAUAUGAAAUGGAGAAAAUUCUAGCACGACGAAAAGAUCCAAGAGAAAGAGAAAAAGUAUUGACAUUUUAUGACGUCUUAUUGCAGAAUAUUGCCGAUGAACUUGACGGAAAAGAAAUGUCUGAAAACGAGACUGUGGAAGGUCUCCUGGCGCAGCUCAUCCACGAUUUGACAGAGAGAGAACAAUACGCCCAAUAUGAAGCGUUGGAGGAGUCCCAGAGAAGGAUAGAAUUACUUCUUCUUCUCUUCGACAGAGUGAAGGUUCGGAGAGAUAAGGUGGCAAAACGUGAAGAAAUACUUGAUGAUUUGGAAGAGAAAUUAAUGCCAAAGUCAUUCUUUGAUAUAUCUGAACCCCUUCCGGAAGAUAUAUAUAAACUACCAGCUGCUAUGUGGGAACAAGCGAUUGAUAAAGCACCUACUAAACAACACAUGGAUAGACUCCUGAAAAAUUACCCCCUUCCUUUAGUCAAGAAGUUUUUGGAAUACUUAUCCGACUACAAAGAGGUGAUAGCCUUGAGGAUGCAAAGGAGGCACGAAAAUAUCAUUUCACAAAUGAGGAAAGAAUUGCGCAAAGAGGGUCAACAAAUGAAGCAUAUGGCAGAGGAAUCAGAAGAAGCUUGCGAAAACGCUUUGACAGUAUUGAAGGCUGUGAAAGAACAAUACGAGAAGAAGAUGGAGGUCGAGAAGAAGAACAAACAACAAACCGAAGUUGAGCUAUCGGAUCAUUCUAAGAUGUACGAAAAGAUGAAAAUGGCUGUGUAUGAUACCCAAAAAAUGGUCGAGGAAGAAGCUCUACGUGGAAAAUUCCUGGCUGAUCAAAUUAACGCCGUCAGUGAACAAACCGAGCAGUUCAUGACUGUGAACGAUGACAUUGUGCGAACUACAGAAGAAGCCAACUUGAAGAUUCUGAGGAAUAUAAAGAAACUAAGUGGCGCCGUGAAACAAUACGAAGGAAUGAUCAAUGAGCUGAAAGCAUCAGCACAAACGGUGAAGAAACAGGGACAAUUGUUCUUCUUCUGAAACCCACCACGGAAUGUAUGACGCUUCAUCCGAAUCCUUCAGAUGGUUUACCAAUUUGAAUGUAUUCACUUCGAUAGUGUACAGUUGAGAAAUGAAUUACAGGUUUGUUUUUGGGUA